CUUCCCGCCGUGUACCGUAUUAUUUAAUAAUAUUUGCGUGUUUGUGAUAAAUAAUGACGGAGAUAAUACGACACUUGUUUUUAUAUUGGUCUAUAUUUACUUACUACGUGUCGCUAACACCUGGAUAAAGACUAACCGGAAAAACAUGUUGAUUAUGUGUUAAGCGCUUUAAUAUUACAAUAAUUAUAACAUAACAAUAUUGACCCAACAAUUAACGAUAUCUGAUUAAUUAAUGUCAUAAUCUUCUAUGUGUCACCAACCCGCGAUUACCUAUAUAGAAUGGGAUUGAGCACUUACGACGUUAAUGAAUAAAGUCAUGAAAUGACAUUGAAAAUGAUAUACUAUGCAGAUAAUGCUCUAAGAUACGUAAUAUAUACCCUCAUAUGUUAUGUAUUUGUGAUAAGAAAUAAAUGACAGAUAAUAUUCACAUUGACACAUCGCAAAUAGAUUGCCUAGUAAAACAGCGUAUGGAUAGAACAAAACAAUUUUUUACUUUUAUUUUUAUUUAAUCGUAUAUUAUAAUCAAAUUAAGCUUAUUUUAUUUUAUCUAAUCUAACUGUAGCAGGUUGCCUUAUUAAAAAGUUGGUCCAGUCCAUGGUUGCGUAGAGUUUAGAAAAAAAAUAGAAAAAAAAAACUCUGUUCUGGAAUUAUGCAGGCGAUCGUGUUCGACGGCAAAACAAAGGAAGUAAAGUAUGUGCGCAACCAUCCCAUGCCUGAAAUAGUGGAAGACCAUCAAGUAAUUGUUAAGGUCGCUUAUUCUGGCAUUUGCGGAACUGAUCUUCAUAUAAUUCAGGGAGAAUUCCCUGUGCGUCAGGAACCGAUCCUAACCCUCGGCCAUGAGUUCAGCGGGGUGGUGCACGAGGCGGGAAAGCAAGCCUUCUUGAAGAAAGGACAGCGCGUGGUGGUUGAUCCUAAUAGCCAGUGCCUCCUUUGCGAGUAUUGCCGCAAGGGCCGGUACCAGUUCUGCGCGGCGAAGAAAAACAUUGGCAUCUGGGUGGACGGAGGCUGGGCUCAAUUCGUCGUAGUCCCGCAAGACAACGUCUACCCUAUCCCCGACGAAGUUUCUUUAGAACAAGCGUCUCUGUGUGAGCCGUACUCCUGCGUGGCGCACGGCUUCGACCGAGUGUCGCCUGUGUCGGUGGUGGACCGAGUGUUGGUGCUGGGUGCUGGCAUUAUAGGUAACCUGUGGCUAACGACAUUGCAUCUUCACGGUCAUAGAAACGUGACGGUUUCUGAAAUGAACAAGGCAAGACUGGAUAUUGUUAGGAAUUUGAAUUUAGGAUACAAGCUGGUUACGCCUGAUGUGCUGGAGAGCGAAAAAUCGCAUUAUGAUGUCAUCAUUGACUGCACUGGUGUGCCUAGGGUCCUGGAGACCAGCUUUGACUUGGUGAAGCCGGGCGGCAAGUACGUGGUGUUCGGGUGCGCGCCGCAGGGCAAGAAGGCUAGUAUAACGCCUUUUGAUAUAUUCAACAAGGGGCUCACCGUAAUCGGCGUGAAAGUUAAUCCAUUCACAUUUCCCACCUCUAUUGGCUGGCUCAGUACUAUGGGAGACAGAUAUCUGGAUUACAAGAAGCUGGGGAUUAAGACUUAUUCACUGGAGCAGUACGAGCAAGCUUUUGCAGACUUAAAGUCUGGAUCCAUUUCCAAGGCUAUGUUCAAAAUAGAAUAACUAUCAUUGCUGAUGUUGGCGUAUUUUAUUCAUUAAGUAGCGCUGUAAAGGAAUCCAACCUUAUUUCAGCGGAUGAGGACUUAGUAUUGCCUAACAAAUAUUUUCAGUCAGUAUAGAGAAUAUUGUAAACACA